AAAAAACCCUAAAAAAAAAACAUCCAAGAACAACAACAAUCUCAAUCAGAAUACAGCACAAGGAAAUCAUGGCGCAGUCUGCCCUUCCUCCGUUGGCCGAACUGCUCAAGCAGGUCAAUUUGCCUACCCCUCGCUCGGUUGUUUACCGUGAGGAAUGUACACAAUGUUUUGAUUCGCAAGAUAAUCCAUCGGGAAUCGAUGUCUGUCUGACUUGCUUUAACGGUGGUUGCGUACAUUUCAAACAUGCCUCCAAUCACGCCAAGAAGACCGGACAUUUGCUUGCUAUGAACAUACAACGUACCCGUAAACCUGACUCACAUCAACGUAGCCCUUCCGCUGAACCCCCACUCAAGAAAUUGGCAAUCACUGAGCAGACUGAAGACCAAUUCGAUAUCAAGACUUCGCUGAUCUACUAUCCCUCUGUCGAUGAGAGAAAACAAUUUUCAUUCUCAGAAGUUGCGGAACCGAAAAUCGAGCAAGCCGCUGCCGCUAUCCUUUCGGCGUCGUCCUCGACACAAGCUAGCGAAGUCAAAGCUUGGGAAGAAGAAAUCGAGACCUGUCGCCACGUGGUUGACUUGAACCAAGACCCCAACCCAGCCCCGGUUGCUCAAGCUUCAGCUACCUGUCAUGCAUGCGAAUUAUCAUCCAACCUUUGGUUCUGUCUCCAAUGUGGCUCGCUGGGUUGCGGUCGAGCUCAGUACGGCGGAACGGGCGGAAACGGCCACGCCCUUCAACAUUACGAGCAGACGGGACAUUGCGUCAAUGUCAAGAUGGGCACGAUUACUGCUGAAGGCACUGCAGAUCUUUAUUGUUACAGCUGUGAUGAUGCGCGAACCGAUGAUCGUUUACAGGAACAUCUCGCUCAUUUCGCAAUCGAGAUAGCUAAACAAGAAAAAACGGAAAAAAGUAUGACUGAACUUCAAGUUGAACAUAACAUGAAAUUCGACUUCGCCAUGUCGGGCGAAGAAGGGCGUGAAUUACAUCCCAUCGAAGGCCCUGGAUUUACGGGUCUCAAGAAUUUAGGCAACAGUUGCUACAUCGCAUCCGUUCUGCAAGUCCUAUUUGCAUUACCGCCGUUCCAGAAAAGAUACUACCAAGGGAUAUUUGAGCUACAUAGCUCAACCUGCGAGGCGGCGAAUCCAGCAGAUUGCUUUGAUUGCCAAAUGAAUAAAGUUGCCCACGGAAUGCUCUCGGGUCGGUAUGCUGUUUCAAGAUGUGAAAACCGGGCUAGAGACGGCUCGAGCGAUACGGCUCCAACCGUCAAAUCGUUUCAAGAGGGAAUUAAGCCAAUGAUGUUCAAAGCAUUUGUUGGCAAGGGUCACCCGGAAUUCUCCACGAUGCGACAACAAGAUGCCGAUGAAUUCAUGCGAUACCUGUUUCAAUUCAUCCAGCGUCAGGCCCGUCAAAGUUCGGCUAGAGCCUCGCUCCUCUCCACUAUGACCGAAAACGAUCUGGAUCCAACGUUACCUUUUAGGUUCGAACUUGAAGAGAAAUUACAGUGUACAACUUGUCAAUGUGUUAGGUAUCGCUAUGAAGAGCAGGAGGCUCUCAGUCUUCCCGUUCCAGCUGUUCCUGUCACUCCACCCACAGAGCCCGAGCUGGUAGGCAUCACUCCGCCCGGUCAAACCACUUACCAGCCAGUAUCUCUCGAAGACUGUCUCCAAAGCUUCACCACCCCUCAGUCGGUCGAGUAUAACUGCCCUCGCUGUAAAUCUAAAACGACUGCGUUGACGACUUCGCGUAUUGCUUCUUUCCCAAAAUAUUUGGCCAUCCAUACGCGCAGGUUUGCAAUAGUCAAUUGGGUUCCUAAAAAACUUGAGAUUCCUGUCAUAAUUCAAGGACAUCAAGUCGAUUUAGAAAACUAUUUCGGAAGCGGAAUUCAACCGGGUGAAGAAAAGUUACCAGAGGUUGAAGAACCUACACCCCAAAAAGUUGUGAACCCAGAGACUUUAUCCGCCUUGGAAAGUAUGGGAUUUCCGACUGCCAAGUGUCGUAAGGCUAUCAUAGAAACGGGCGAUUCGGGAGUAGAAAGCGCCACGAGUUGGUUAUUCGAACAUAUGGAUGAUGUCGAAGUCGAGGAAGCGCCGUCUGUAGCACAGGUAAUCGCAUAACGAGGAACAUGUGUCGAUGCUUAUGGAUAUGGGCUUUACCCCCUAACCAAGCUACGCCCCCCUUCAAGGUUGAAACGGAUGGGAAUGUUGAGCGAGCGGUAGAAUGGCUAUUUAGCCAUCCGGAUGACGAUGGCUCGAUGAUCCCAAGCGACCCAGCAACAACAACUGCUGAAACGGCCGAGAACGGGACUGCAGGGUCGACGGAACAAGAGACGGGCUCAGGUCGCCGAUAUGGGGACAAGAGUCUUCCGGCUCGAUUCAAAUUAAGGGCCUUCAUCUCCCAUAAAGGUCCCUCCGUCUUCAGCGGCCAUUACGUGGCUCACGUUCAUGCUCGCACUCCCAAGUCUCUUUCCGUCGACCCUGGCAAUGGCCUCCAUUGGGUCCUCUUCAAUGACGAGAAAGUCGCUGUCGCUGAUCAGGGCCCUCUUAGUCAUGAGGCUAUGGCUCCCUUGGCUUACAUAUAUCUAUUUGAAAGAAUCGAAGAAUAACCAAAAAGCCCCCUCUUGUUUUUUUUGCUGACUAAAAGUAUAGAGAUUUUAACGAAUUAUCAAUCGUUGUCCUUGUUGGGCUGCAACAUAAAGCCCAAUAGUCGAGGAAAG